ACUGUUAGUUUCUAUUUAUUUGUAAUAUUGUGUUUAAUCCGCGAAUCGAAUCCGCAAUAUAUACUCGCAAUACCACAUAAGCACCAACAAGUCGACGCGCUGCCUCACAUUCUAUACACGGCACAACACCGCUGGACGACCAUCUCAGCCAGCACAAGGAGAAUCCCAUUUCGCCACAAUGGGUAAAGAUUACUACAAGAUUCUGGGCAUCGAGAGGAAUGCGUCCAGUGAAGACGUCAAGAAGGGAUACCGCCGGAUGGCUCUCCGCUACCAUCCGGACAAGAACGACCAUCCGCAGGCCGAGGAGCAGUUUAGGGAGGUGGUGGCCGCCUUCGAAGUGCUCUCCGACAAGGAAAAGCGCGAGAUAUACGACCAGCACGGCGAGGAGGGACUUAAAUGUGAUGACGAGCCGGCUGCGACCUUCGCCCAGCCCACGUCAGACAUGCUCCCCUUCAUGUGCGCCGUCGGUGGAACUGUGCUCUUUGCGUUUGCCGCCUACAAGACAUUCCAGUUCUUCAACCGGAAAAAAAAGGAUUCCCACGGCGAUGGAUCCUCCUCGGAAUGACCUAAGGAUCCAAGGGCUUGGUGAAGCAAUCUCGCGUAUCUAGAGUUCUUCGUUGAAUAGUCUUUAAGAUUAAUUUAUAGGAACUUAAUUAUUGACUGUUGAUCUAAUGCAUCCUGCGUUAAUUAUUGAUUAAUUUAUUUAUUUAGAAAGAUAAACAAAGAUUAUGAAGUGCGGCCAACUUUUGCUCGAAAAUAGACAUAGCUUUAGCCAAAUCGAAUGAUAAAACGGAUAAAUAUUGGAGAACGAACUAAUAGCAUACAAAAAUCACGUUUUUAAUGUCAUGUUUAGUUUUUGCGAUUUAAAAAACGUUUAUGCGAUAUAAAUAUUAAAAAAAAAACUAUAUAGUAGAGAAAAUUUAAGGCAGUUGCUUAUUCAAAGUUCAAUAAGCAGAGCCAGUCUGCUACUACGUAUAGUAUGCUCCACAUAAGACGGAAAUACAAUUUGUAAAUCAAAUUUUUUAACGGUUUGUUGUUCUGAAAAAAAAUGACAUAUUUUUAGAUGUUUCUCUUCCCACUCGCAUUAUAGUACUCCUUCGAUGGCCACCUAAAAUAUGAUAUGACUCGUAUUCAUAAUAAAAUAUGAUGGCAUCUGCCAGAGAGGACCGAA